UAGUUAUCAAGAAUAUAAUUGUAGAAAUAGGCAAAUGUCUGGUGCAUGCCAGUUACCAAUGGACUCGGGGCGCAAUGAGGCACAACUGCUGGUGCAGCAGCACCCCGAGCUGCUGAUGGCCGCUCGGGAGGGCAAUGCGGCACGAUUAACUCAUCUCCUGGGAAACGGGCGCGCCGCUGAGCCAGGGCCUGUGGGCUCUGGAGUCGUCGUCAACAUUGGGGACGCCGACACCGCCAUGGACGAGUCAGCGCGUCCUGCGGACGCAGUCGGCGUGGACGUCGCCGUGGACGUGGAGAUGAACAAAAUCCUCCAUGUUAUUGCGUCGACUGGAGACAGCCCCGACUUCUUGGAGAGCGCGAGGGUCGUCUACGGCAAGGCCAACCACCUCCUGGACGCAUGCAACGCCAACGGCGACACGCCCUUCCAUUGCGCGGCGAGGGCUGGGAUGGUGGAAAUGGUCUCGGAGCUCAUCAGUCUGGCGAGAACUGAGGGUGGUGACCACAGGGUGAAGGCGGUGCUCGGAAAGCAGAACAAGCAAGGGGAGACGGCCCUUCACGAGGCCCUCCGCUUGGCCGACAAGGAGACGGUCGUGGCCAUGGUCAACAUGUUAAUGGCGGCGGAUGCCGAACUGUCCCGGGUUCCACCUACAGACGGCACCUCCCCGCUGUACCUUGCCGUCUUGUUGGGGCAUGAUGAUAUUGCCCAAAAUCUGCAUUACAAUGACGAGGGGCUCUCUUAUUCUGGACCAAAUGGACAAAACGCUUUGCAUGCCGCUGUUCUCCGGAGCACCUGGAUGACAACUAAUCUACUGGAAUGGAACAAAAAGCUCAGCAAACAAGGAGAGAAAACCAAGGGACGUACGCCCCUUCAUUUUGCGGCAUUACGUGGGGCGCGGGUUACGGUCUUGUUACUGCUAGACGCUGACAAGUCUCUAGUAUACCAAUCUGACAACGAUGGAUCAUUCCCCAUACACACGGCAGUUACUGCAAGGCAUUUUCGUAUGGUCCUUGAUUUGCUCAAGAAGUGCCCCGAUUGUGCUCAGCUACGAGACGCAAGAGGCAGGACAUUCUUCCAUAUAGCAGCCCAACAAGGCUCCAAGGUGCUAGUCUUUUUGGUUUUCCAUCUUUUACGAGAAAACCAAAGGUUAGCAUCAAUCAUAAAUAUGCAGGAUAAUGAUGGAAACACCGUGCUACACCUUGCUGUACUGGCCGGGUCGUUGCACACGUUUUAUUGUAUAUUGUGGGACAAGAAUGUUAUGUUGAAUUUAUCAAAUUGUGAGGGGAAAACCGCGCUUGAUCUUGCACGGAGCAACUUUCCCACGGGUGUUACUUUUGGACUGGAUCCAAAUCGUAGCAUACACUCUCUCCUGGUAGCAGCUGGUGCUCAAUAUGGUGCUCACAGUGAAAACCAUGACCCUAUAGUGCUAGACGAGGAGAAGGAAGCAAAGAAGAUCAUGGACUCCACACCAACCAUUGGCAUUGUAUCAGCUCUACUCGUGACAGUCACGUUUGCAGCAUCUUUCACUGUACCCGGUGGGUACCGCGCCGACGACGACCCUGAGUCGAGCCACCACACCGCUGGUACUCCGGUGCUCGCCGCCACGUACUCUUUCCAGGCCUUCAUCGUCGCCAACAACCUGGCACUGCUCUGCUCCUCCAUGGCCACCAUCAGCCUCAUGUACGCCGGGAUCACCACUGUCGACAUCGGUACGCGGACAUGUGCUUUCUGCCUCUCCAUCUUCUUCCUCAACAGCUCUGCCCGGAGCCUGGCUGCUGCAUUCGCCUUUGGCAUGUACGCGACGCUCGCCCCGGUCGCCCACGCAGCUGCUGUCGUCACAUGGCUCUGCACGGCUGCCUCAUUGCUUGACGUUGCUUGGUUUGUGGGUGCGUUGUUGUUCUCGCUGCUGACGCUUCUCAAUAGGAUCCCAGCUCGUAGGUUCAUGCUGCAGUUCGUGCUUACGUUUGUAUUCUCACUUCUUGGGGCACUCUGGCCGUAUGCAAUAAUCGCAGGUUUCCUAGCGUAUUCCAAGAUUUUCCACACAAUCAACUGAGUCUUGGGUAACUAUCUUUAUCCUUGAGCGUCUGUACCCUACUUUUAUGUUUGGCAGCUGGGCCUCAGUGUUUGAACUUUGUUGUGGUGUGGGUUGUGUAAGACUUUCCCGACUGUUUUGACUUUGUUUGUUAAAAAUCAGGCUCAUCUUGAGCCUUCCUUCUAAAAGUAUCUUUAUCCUC